AUGGACGGGGCGAACCAGACACAGGUGACAGAGUUUGUCUUCCUGGGCUUCUCCCACAUCCUGCAGGGCCAGGCCUUCCUCUUCCUGGUCUUCCUCGCCAUCUACCUUUUCACCCUGUUUGGGAACUGCCUGAUCCUCACCCUCAUCGUGCUGGAUCCCCAGCUGCACAGCCCCAUGUACUUCUUCCUCGGCCACCUCGCCUUCCUGGACAUGUGUUACUCCUCCGUCACGCUGCCCAAGAUCUUGGUGAACUUCCUGAGGCAGCAGCAGACCAUCUCCUACCGGGAGUGCAUGGCACAGAUGUUCUUCCUCAUGAGCUGCUCAGGGGCUGAGGGCACGCUGCUGGCUGUCAUGGCCUUUGACCGGUAUGCGGCCAUCUGCAAACCCCUGCACUACAUCUACAUAAUGAAUAAGAAAGUGUGUGUCCCACUGGCCACAGUGUCCUGGCUCUGGGGUAUCCUGAACUCAACUAUGCACACCUUCCUGACCACUAACGUCUCCUUCUGUGGAGACAACCAGAUUUACCACAUCUUCUGUGACGUCCCUCCUCUGCUGAAGAUCGCCUGCAGUGACACUUACAUCAAUGAGAUCAUUCUGCAUUUGGCCAGUGUCUUCAUGGGAAUGAGCCCAUUUUUGUCAAUAGUCAUCUCAUACCUCUACAUCCUGCUGGCCAUCCUCCGCAUCCACUCCAACACGGGCAGGCACAAAGCCUUCUCCACCUGCACCUCCCACCUGGUCAUGGUCAUCAUCUACUUCGGGAUGGCCAACCUGAACUACAACCGGCCCAGAGCUGGCUACUCCCUGGAGGUGGACACGCUGGUCUCCACGCUCUACUGCAUCCUCACCCCCAUGCUCAACCCCCUCAUCUACAGCCUCCGCAACCAGGACAUGAAGGGUGCUCUGAGGAGGGCCCUGGGGUGGCAUGAGAAGGACAACGCAUCCCCACGCACACAGCCAGGUGUGGACUAA